AACUAAAAUUAUCAAAAGAAAAAGUAAAAUAGCAUGCAACACGGCAGAAAAAAGCAAAGUUCAGCGGGUAGUGAAAAUUUUCUAAAAUAUACUCAUAAACUAAUAUAAAAAUAUAAACAAAAAUCAUUUGAAAUUAUAAUAAAAGUGUUAAAUUAAAUUUAAAGCUGCAAUAAGCAUAAUUUCUUAUCAAAAAAAGCAAGUGAAGAAAAGAUAAACAAAUAUAAUAAUAAACAUUACCAAAUAAAUUCGCUUAAUUUGGUGGUGUAAAACAAAACAACAAAAAAAAAAAAACUAUUGUGCAUUGAUGAACUAUAAGAAAACGUGAAUUAUAUUUAUAAAAUUAACUUUAUUUAUGUUGUACAUUGGUAAGUUUGAAGCUUACCAAUGUUUUCCCUCGUUCAAAUGAAAUUCCGUGCAUUAUUGGUACUAUUAUCAAAAGUAUGGACCUGUAUAUGUUUUAUGUUCAAUCGUCAAGUCAGAGCUUUUGUCCAGUAUCAACCUGUCAAAUAUGAACUCUUCCCAUUGUCACCGGUAUCAAGACAUCGCCUGAGCAUUGUGCAACGUAAGACAUUAGUUUUGGAUUUGGACGAGACACUGAUACAUUCGCAUCACAAUGCCAUGCCCAGGAAUACGGUUAAACCGGGAACACCUCAUGACUUUACAGUUAAAGUGACAAUAGAUCGUCAUCCAGUUAGAUUUUUCGUACAUAAAAGGCCACAUGUAGAUUUCUUUUUAGAUGUGGUCUCACAAUGGUAUGAUUUGGUAGUUUUCACCGCCAGUAUGGAAAUUUAUGGCGCUGCGGUCGCUGACAAAUUAGACAAUGGCCGUAAUAUAUUACGCCGCCGCUAUUAUCGUCAACAUUGUACGCCAGAUUAUGGUUCAUAUACCAAAGAUUUAUCAGCAAUUUGUAACGAUUUAAAUAGAAUAUUCAUCAUUGAUAAUUCUCCUGCUGCAUAUCGCUGUUUUCCCAAUAAUGCUAUACCAAUUAAAAGUUGGUUUUCGGAUCCCAUGGAUGUUUCACUAUUAUCAUUAUUACCCAUGUUGGAUGCAUUAAGGUUUACGAAUGAUGUGCGUUCGGUUUUGUCGCGAAAUUUACAUUUACAUGGUUUAUGGUAGCAGAUUAACAAAUUGAAAAUUUGGUGCUGUGACACUUAAACGAAUUUUUUGUUUGUUUCAUUACAUAAAAUUUUAUUCUUAUUAUUUUUUUUUUUAUUUUUUUAUGCUAAAGAUUAUAAACAUAAAAAUCAUAAACCAGUAAAUUUAUGAAAAAAUAUAAUUUUUGUUUAUAAAAAUUAAUGAAAAAUAUUAAAAAAAAAAAUACAAAAAAUACAAUAUAUCUAUCUAUCUCUCUUGACUUGUACUAUGUAGAUUAUGGUACACAUACACACAUUGAAUAAAAUGUAAGAACAACUAACAACAACCACACAAACAAAGAAAUGAAAAACCAUCAUCAUAUUUUGUCUUAUAUACAACAUACAUAUAAAAACAACAACAACAAAAAUACAUAUUUUUAAAAUUAAUCGUAUUUAACGAUUAAAUACUAUUAAUUUUCUUUUAUUAUUUAUUAUAACAAAAAGUUUGUUUGCCAGAAAAACAAAUAUAAAAUACCUACUUUUUUUAUUAAAACAAAAAUUAUUAAUUAAAACUUCCUUAAAUUAUGGGCAUUAAUUAUAAAUAUUUUUUUAAAAAUUAUUUGGGUACUACUUUACUAUCAGUUUCUCUUAUUUUUUUCUUGUUUUAAUUUGUAUACAUAAAAAGUAAAUCUUCCAUUUAUCUACAAAUAAUUUACCUUUUACCUCCUUCUAUUAUUUAAAUUUUUUUCUAUACUCUUGGUGUCUUUUAUUUGUAUUUAAGAAUGAAAACUGUUGUACAUUUUUUCUUUAUAAUUAUUAUGUGUUUCUUUUUUACAAAUUGUUAGUAUUUAAUUACAAAGGCUAUAAAAAAAACAAAUGAAAACGUGAAUGAAUGAAUCAAUGAAGAAAAUGUUUAAUAAUUUUGUUUAAAUAUAAUAUUUAUAUACAUACAA